AUGAGUGUCAUCUGUCACUUAAGUAUCACGGAGGUAAUUAAAACGGAGUGGAAAAUUCAGAAUAAGAUUCGGAUACACUUACACAAAAUUUUAAUAUACAUACUGUGCAAUCGGUACACUUACACUGUUGGAGGGUUAUUUAGAAUAAACGGAGUAAUAGUAUUAAAGAUGCUUCAUUUUGUAACUUCAUUUGUGAUAAUACUGAUACAGUUUCAAGAAGCCAUCACGCCAUCAUUUGACUGCGAUUACAGAACAACUUAAAAAAUGAGUGACCGAUUUUCUGCAGAGUGACUAGAUGAGCAAAAUAUCUGAACUGUCGUCAAAAGUAUAGGUCUUUUCAAGGAUUUUAGUGAGUCACAGUGAAACUACUAGUUUCACCUUCACAUCUCCAUCUCUCUCUUACAUGCACAAGCACAUACACUCUGCGGACGUUUGUGUGAAUACACAGACACACAAUUUUUAGUUUUGCCUCGGU